AUGCUAGAACAAUUUGUAGUUAAAUCUCUCAGCAAACCACAGAAGUUUUUUAUACAUUCCAACAUUUUUAUUUCUCUGAAACAGAAAAUCGAAGCAGUUGCCCGUCACGUUCGAAAGAAUGACCGUCCUUUUGGUGGGAUUCAAUUGAUUCUGUGCGGGGAUUUCCUCCAACUUCCGCCUGUGGUCAAACGUGAAGACUACAACAAUCCCCAAACAAAUAACCAACGUUUUUGCUUCCAAUCGAGUGCUUGGGAGAAGUGCAUCGAGCGUGUGUUCGAGCUGAAAGAAGUCCAUCGUCAGAGUGACCCAGAAUUUGUGAGAAUCCUUAAUCAUCUGCGUAUUGGUCAUGUCAGUGAGGACAUCACCAAACGUCUUAUGACUACGUCCAAGCAGAAAAUUGAAGGUAAUGGCAUUUUAGCUACCCAAUUGUGUUCACACACCAACGAUGCCAAUUCUAUCAACGAAUCGAAGUUGGAGAACCUCGAAGGAGAGAAAGUCCUCUUCAUAGCUGAGGAUAGUGAUGCGACAAUGUCGAAGACACUUGAUGGCUUAGUGCAAGCCCCAUCGCAGCUAUAUUUGAAAAUUAACGCCCAGGUUAUGUUGUUGAAGAAUAUUAACAUUGCAGCUGGUUUGGUCAACGGUGCUCGAGGAGUUGUGGUCAAAAUUGAUCGAGGAGUUCCAACAGUUCGCUUCAAGAACAACCAAGAAUACGUGUGUAAGCAUGAGAAAUGGAUGAUUAAGACUGCAACUGGUGGAAAUGUUACCCGGAGACAAGUGCCUCUUAAACUUGCAUGGGCUUUCUCCAUUCACAAGUCACAAGGACUCACACUUGAUUGUGUUGAGAUGUCAUUAUCCAAAGUCUUUGAAGCUGGACAAGCUUAUGUGGCUCUCAGUCGUGCCAAAAGUUUAGACAGUGUAAGAAUUCUUGACUUUGAUGCGAAACAAGUUUGGGCGAAUCCACAAGUUUUGCAAUUUUAUAAAUUAUUCCGACGACGUUUGCACGAUACCACAAUGAUUCCACUCGGCAAUAAAAAUACAAAAGCUAAGAAAGAUAAUAAUGGUGGCAAUAGUGCUUUGGCCAAAUUGAAAAAGAGUCUCAUGAACAAACCAUUGGUGUCGAUUGGUUAAAUUAAAUUUUUAAUAUUCUUGACUUUUAGUUUAAUUUAAAUAUGUAUUCUCGUCUAAUUUAAGAUCGUUUAAUAUUCAUUAGGUAAACAUUGAGGUGAAAAAAGUGUAUAUUUUCUUUUGUUCUUGGUAGCAAAUUGUAUUGGAAAAGUAAAAAGAACAAUGAAGAGAGAACUGGGAAUAAAGCUAAAUAUUUCA